AUGGCCGGAAACCGUGUCACGUACCGCCGCCGCAACGGCUACAACACCACCUCUAACCUGACCCGGAUCGUCAAGACCCCCGGUGGUGAGCUGAGAAUCCUCCACAUCAAGAAGCGCGGUACUGCCCCCAAGUGCGGUGACUGCGGUGUCAAGCUGCCCGGUGUCCCCGCCCUCCGCCCCCGCGAGUACUCCCAGAUCUCCAAGCCCAAGAAGACCGUCCAGCGUGCGUACGGUGGCUCGAGAUGCGGCAACUGCGUUCGUGACCGCAUCGUCCGCGCCUUCCUCAUCGAGGAGCAGAAGAUCGUCAAGAAGGUGCUGAAGGAGCAGAGCCAGAGCGAGAAGAAGAAAUAA